AUGUUUUUAUGGUUAUUGAUCUUUUUGCCGGCGAUUUGUGCACUCACCAAUGAAGAGAUUCAAGAUUUCCGAGGAUUAGGCGGCAGGGAAAGCGUUUUUUUGUUAGCCUUUGAGAAAAGGAUCGCCAAUUUGCCGAUGAAUGAACAACGCAAGGCAAUUGAGCGCUACGUGGCCACUAUUGCUCCACAUCGAAGAGAAAGCUAUGAACUCUUUAAAAUGCAAAAGAAUAAAGACUAUGUUCAAAGAAUGAUUCAGUUAAAACAGAAAGUGUUUGGAAUUCUUGGAAGAGAGAAGUUCAGCAAGUUGAUGGUGAUCCUUCACAAUCCGAAAAUGAGUCGAGAAGUUCGUCUUUUUAAUGCAAACGAUUUGAUAAAAGAUGUGAAAUUGAUAGGACAAAAAGCAGUGAUAAUGGGAUGGGCAAAAGAUGAGAUACCGGCCGGGAUUCAA